AUGACUACCUUACAACCCUAUUCCUUCGAACCUUUCGCCAUCCAAACACCCAGACUCAUAAUAAUCCCCACCCCAAUCGCCAUCUCCUCGAAAUCAUACAGAGCACUAUACGCAGAGUUACACGCCAACGAAAGAUUCUGCCAAAUAGCCUUCGGCGAGCACUUCAAAGCCAGGAGAUGGAGCGACGACGAAACCCGCGGAGUGAUCGAGACUCGCGACAUUGCACGCUGUUGGAAACCACGCGGCCUAGGCGAUUUCGCACUGGGGCUACGCGAAUCCAUUUCUCCAGAGGAUGUUCCAUGUCUCUCCGGGAUCUCCGUUCUGAGGACCAGUGAAUUCGAAAUAUUAGCGGGAACGAAAGGAGAGCGUCUGGAUCAGGUCAAAUGGGUUGGAUAUGCCGGUGUUCGCGAUGCAACGACGACUUCUCUCCCACCUCGAGAAGUAGACGAUCCAAGUCUCCCACCGUGGGAUGAGAUGGUUGAAUUACGCUAUGGCCUAGCACCGGACUUUUGGGGCAGAGGAAUUGCAAAGGAAGCCGCAGAAGCGAUCAUGCAGUGGGCUGUGAAUGAGCGAGGCGUGAAGAGAUUCAUUGCUGAGACAGAAAGGGGAAAUGUACAAAGUGCGAGGCUGCUGCAGAAGUUGGGAUUUGUUGAGAGUGGAACCGAGUACUGGAAAGAGCCAAGCGAGGUAGAAUGGGCAAUGGUUAUGAGAUGA